CUUUUUAGUCUCCCAACAGUAACGAUCGAGCGGUCUCUCCCUUAUUAUAUAAAGACUUGGAGUCCCAGAAGAUCUCCAGCGAGAGAGUCCUCUUCUAGUUAUAUCAAAAGACUGCAUUGUGUUUGGAGUUCCAAAGGAACUCUUAGCGUCACCAUUGCCGCGACUCGUGAGAAAGGACUCCAACUAACACUUGGCCUCAUCGGCACUGCAUGCAACCUUAGAGUUUGCUAUAUAUAUACCCUUCUAGUUUAGUUUAAGGAGAAGGAAGGAUCGAGGAGGAAGAAGUAAGAAUAUUCCCAAGCUCCAUGGAGAGGACAGAGGAGCCUCCAUUGACUCAUGCCGAAAACGAGGAAUUCCUUCGGAUUCUAAGAGAGAGGAUGAUAGAGUUAGGCGUUCAAGUUCCAAAAAUGGAGAUCCGGUUCGAGAACAUGUUCGUCGAGGCCAACGUGCAGGCACGCCGGCAUGCCCUUCCGACGCUGUUCAACACUGUCGUCAAAAGUAUGCAGGAAAUGAUGGGAUUUUUGAACUUCAGCCCUGCAAAGAAAAAAUCUAUCAAACUUCUCAAUGGAGUGAAGGGGUUGAUAAGGCCAUCAAGGAUGACACUUGUUCUUGGGCCACCAGGAUCAGGAAAGUCAACAUUAUUGAGAGCUUUGUCAGGAAAUUUGGAUCCCACCCUAAAAUUCACUGGAAGAGUCACGUAUAAUGGUGAAGAACUUAGUCCUUCCACUCCUCAAUGUGUUUGUGCAUAUGUUAGCCAACAUGACCUCCAUCAUGCCGAGAUGACUGUGAGGGAGACGUUAGACUUCUCUGGACGCAUGUUUGGAACCAGUAAAAUAUUUGAGAUGUUGGGGGAAGCAUUUGAAAGGAAGAAUAAUACCAUCAAAAACAAACUAGAUUUGGAGACAGAUGCCAUCAUAAAGGCCACCACUUGUGGAGAAAGCAAAAACCCUACAACAAAUUAUAUCAUCAAGAUGCUUGGCUUAUAUGAGUGUGCCGAUACCAUAAUAGGAGAUGAGAUGAGAAGAGGGGUUUCUGGUGGGCAAAAGAAAAGAGUGACCAUUGGAGAGAUGCUAGUUGGCCUUGCAAGAAGCUUCUUUAUGGAUGACAUAUCGACUGGAUUAGAUAGCUCAACCACCUUUGAGAUUAUCAAGUUUCUCAGGCAAAUGGCACAUUUAAUGGAUCUUACCAUAGUCAUUUCCUUGCUUCAACCGCCACCUGAGACAUUUGAAUUAUUUGACGAUAUCAUCCUUUUAUGUGAGGGACAAAUUGCUUAUCAAGGGCCUCGGGAGAAUGUUCUUGAAUUUUUUGAGUUAAUGGGUUUUAAAUGCCCAGAAAGGAAGAAUAUAGCAGACUUUCUUCAAGAGGUCACUUCAAGAAUGGAUCAAGGACAAUAUUGGGCUGGUAAUCAAAGGGAAUACCGAUACCUUUCAGUUGGCAAAUUUGUAGAAUCUUUUCAUUCUUCUCAUCUGGGUCAACUUCUAGAGAAGGAGCUCUCCAAACCAAGUGAUUUUGCCAAGAGCAAUUCAUCAACUAAAAUUAACGACAGCCAUAAAAUCUCAAAGUGGGAGGUUUUCAAGGCAUGCUUCUCAAGGGAACUUUUACUCUUAAAGAGGAAUUUCCCAGUGCACUUAUUCAAGAUCAUACAGAUAACACUGUUGGCAAUUGUGAUCAUGACACUUUUCCUCCGAACAGAAAUGAAUCACAAUUCAAUCAUGGAUGGGAACAAGUUUCUUGGAGCUGUCUUCAUUGGUGUGGUAAUAGUGAAGUUCAAUGGCAUGACUGAGCUGGCAAUGACAAUAAGGAGACUUCCCAUUUUCUACAAGCAGAGAGAAUUGUUACAAUUGCCUGGGUGGGCUAUCCUUCUUUCAAUUUUCAUCCUUAGUCUCCCAAUGUCACUGGUAGAGACAGGCAUAUGGACCGGCUUAACAUACUUUGUUAUUGGCUUUGCACCUUCAGCAGUUAGGUUUUUUCAGCAGUUUCUAUCACUUUUCUGUGUGCAUCAGAUGUCAAUGAGCCUCUUCCGUUUUAUUGCUGUAUUGGGAAGAACACAAGUAAUGGCAAACACCCUAGGAUCUGCAACUCUUAUUGCAGUAUAUAUACUCGGAGGGUUUGUUGUAUCAAAAGACAAUAUCCAACCAUGGCUGCUUUGGGGAUACUGGGCCUCUCCCUUGACCUAUGGACAGAAUGCAGUAGCACUCAAUGAAUUUCUUGAUAAAAGAUGGAGCACGAAAAUACAUUAUGAGUACAUUGAUGCUGACACUGUUGGAAAGGCUGUCCUCAAAUUGAGAGGGAUGCCCACAGAAUGGCAUUGGUUCUGGAUAUGUGUAGCAGUUUUGCUCAGCUUCUCUCUUUUCUUCAACAUUCUCAGUAUCUUUGCUUUAGAGUUUCUCAACCCUCCACAUAAGCAUCAAGUCAUCAUUGGUGCUAAAGCUGAAGGCAUAAAACAGAACAAAACAGCUGAUGAACAAAAAAUAAAUGGGACAGCUCCAAGGCAUGGAAUGAUUUUGCCAUUUCAGCCUCUGACCCUUGUAUUUGACCAUAUCAAUUAUUACGUAGACAUGCCUAAAGAGAUGAAGAAGCAUGGAGUAAAUAAGAAGAGGCUUCAGCUUUUACGGGAUGUCAGUGGUGCAUUCAGGCCGGGAGUUCUAACUGCAUUAAUGGGAAUAACUGGUGCAGGAAAAACCACAUUGCUAGAUGUUUUGGCAGGAAGGAAGACUGGUGGAUUCAUUGAAGGCAAUAUAAAAAUAUCUGGAUAUCUGAAAAAGCAAGAGACAUUUGCUAGGAUUUCAGGAUACUGUGAACAGAUGGAUAUCCACUCUCCGUUCGUAACUGUAUAUGAAUCGCUACAAUACUCUGCAUGGCUUCGUCUGCCUUCCUAUGUUGAAGCACAUGAAAGAAAUAUGUUUAUAGAAGAAGUCAUGCACUUGGUUGAGCUAACACCACUGAAGAAUGCAAUGGUGGGUCUUCCGGGAAUUUAUGGUCUGUCAGCUGAACAACGAAAAAGGCUCACAAUAGCAGUAGAGUUAGUUUCUAGUCCAUCCAUCAUAUUCAUGGAUGAACCUACAUCUGGUUUGGAUGCUCGUGCUGCAGCAAUUGUCAUGAGGGCAGUAAGAAAGACAGUGGACACUGGGCGCACCGUUGUUUGCACAAUCCAUCAGCCAAGCAUCGAGAUUUUUGAAUCUUUUGACGAGUUACUACUAAUGAAAAGAGGAGGGCAGCUCAUUUACAAUGGUUCUCUAGGCCCUCUAUCUUGUAAUAUGAUUCAAUAUUUUGAGUCUAUCCCAGGAGUUCCUAAAAUCAAAAAUGGCCAAAACCCAGCAGCAUGGAUGUUAGACAUUACUUCUCCUGCCAUGGAAUAUACUGUUUGCAUCGACUAUGCAGAGAUCUUCCACAACUCUUCUCUAUACAGAGAAAACGUGGAACUAGUUGAUAAGCUGAGUAAACCAACGCCAAACUCACAGGAGCUGAACUUUCCAUCUGGAUAUUGGCAAAGUUUUAAAUCUCAGUGCAUGGCAUGCUUGUGGAAACAGCAUAGAUCAUACUGGAAAAAUCCAGAACACAAUGUUGUUCGUUUUGUAACUACAAUUGCAACUUCACUUCUGUUCGGCAUAGUCUUCUGGCAAAUUGGUUCCAAAAUUACCAACGAACAAGAUAUAUUCAACAUACUAGGAGUCAUGUAUGCAUCAGCACUGUUUCUAGGCUUCGUAAAUGCCAGCAUAGUGCAGCCCGUUGUGGGGAUGGAGAGAACUGUAUUCUAUCGAGAAAGAUCAGCUGGGAUGUACUCUUCCAUGCCCUAUGCUAUUGCUCAGGUGGCCAUUGAAAUUCCGUACGUUAUAUUGCAAGUCGUUAUCUUCUCAUUUAUUGCAUAUCCAAUGAUAGGAUUUCAAUUCACAGCAGUGAAAUUCAUUUGGUUCAUGCUCUUCACGAUGUUAAGCUUUACCUACUUCACACUUUACGGGAUGAUGACAGUCGCACUCACACCAACCCAAGAGAUAGCUGCCAUUCUCUCCUUCCUCAUCUUUGUUUUGUGGAAUGUCUUCUCUGGUUUCAUAGUUUCUAGAAAGAUGAUACCACUUUGGUGGAGAUGGUUUUAUUGGGCUGAUCCUGCAGCAUGGACUGUUUAUGGUCUCAUGUUUUCCCAAUUGGGUGACAGAGUUGAACUUAUCCAUGUCCCAGGGAGCCCAGAUCAGACCAUAAAAGAGUUUCUUGAGGAUUACCUUGGUUUUCAAGAUCAAUAUUUCCCACUCAUAGUAAUCCUUCACAUUGGAGUUAUUGUCUUAUUCUCCUUUGUGUUCGGUUUCAGCAUAAAACAUCUAAAUUUCCAGAAGAGAUGAUAUACAGAAAACAGAUACUAAAAGCAAGGAGGAAGAGCAUACUCAACACAUUUGAGCUCACCAGCAACUUCACCACAAGAGAUUCAGAUCUUCGAUAAUCUUUUUUUCCCCUUUCCCUCUCUUCAUCCAAAGGAUGGAUCAUAGGGAUCUAAAAAUGUUUCAUGCAGUGUAAAAUGAUUAGAGCAUAAUGUCAAAAAUGUAACUUCCCAAUAAGCAGUAGAUAGAAAUAUAAGAUGUAAAUACAGAAUUGUAUCUCCCAACAUGAAAACAAGUUGAAAAGGAAUUGUAUGCAGGCAAA